CGGGAUUCAACAUCAAUUUGUCCCAAGAGCAGAGGAGCUACCCCCACAGGACCGCAGGACUUCUCACAUAGAAUUCGCCCGAACGUUUCUUUUCCAUCUUCUUUCUAUUCGUGGCGCACCUGCAUUCGCGCGCCUGCAAGUGUUUCAACCAUGGGUUCUUCGUACGACAGUUCAGUGGUUGUGCCCAAGGAGGCCAGCCCAACAUCACAUCGUCACCAGGACAGCUUGGAGUACGCGGAGAAUGGCGAUGAGUACCACAGCUCUAUCCAGGGCCACACUCGGGCCGACAACCGCGACAUGCAGCGCAUGGGGAAAAUUCAAGAGCUGAGGAGGAACUAUCGCCCACUGUCCGCACUUGCUUUCACUGUCAUCCUCCAGGGCGUAUGGGAGGUUCUUUUGACUGCGACUUACCAAGGUCUUCUUGAUGGAGGGCCAGCAGGUCUGAUUUGGAGUUUCGUCUGGACAUGGUUCGGCUUCAGCACGGUCAUGCUUUCGCUCGCUGAGAUGGCCUCUAUGGCACCGACUGCCGGCGGUCAGUACCACUGGGUGUCAGAGUUUGCUCCCCCGUCGAUUCAGAGAUCCCUGAGUUACUUCACUGGAUGGAUGUCGACCCUCUCAUGGCAGGCUGGCACGGCAUCCGGUCCCUUCCUGGUUGGAACCUUGAUUCAAGCCUCAGCCACUGCCAUGUACCCCGACUAUGCCGCUACCAACUGGCAGGGUACCCUCAUGGUUAUUGCUGUUACCAUUUUGGUAUGGGCAUUGAACGUCUACGGUGCAAAGGCUAUGCCUCUGUUCCAGAAUGUUAUGUUGAUGGUUCACGUUUUCGGUUUCCUGGCUAUUGUCAUUGUCUUCUGGACCUUGAACCCCAGGAACACAGUCGAAGUCACCUUCACGCAGUUCACUAACGGUGGCAACUGGAGCUCGACCGGUCUUUCGCUGAUGGUCGGUCAGAUAUCCGCCAUCUACGCCUGCAUCUGCUCUGAUGGUGUUGCUCACUUGGCUGAAGAAGUCAAGGAUGCUGGAAAGACUGUUCCCAGGGCUAUGAUCAACGCCUACCUCAUGAACGGUGUUAUUGGUCUUACCUUCUUGAUCAGCUACAUGUUCAUGAUCACCGACCUCGACGCUGCUCUCGAAGUUGACUACCCUCACAUCUGGGUCUUCCAGCAGGCCGUCAGUUCCGGUGGUGUCGUUGCCCUCAACGCCAUCCCCAUUGUUCUCAUCUUCGCCGGUACCCUUACUUUCAACUUGUCCACCUCCCGUCAGACUUGGGCUUUCGCUCGCGACCACGGUUUGCCUUUCAGUAACUGGAUUGGUAAGGUUGACAAGAAGCUCGACAACCCUGCCAACUCUGUUACUUUCACUUGCAUCAUCACGAUUCUCCUUUCUUUGAUCAACAUUGGAUCCGACACCGCUUUCAAUGCCAUUAUUUCUCUUAACGUUGUAUCGCUCAUGAUUACCUACGUCUUCUCCAUCGGCUCCGUUCUCUGGCGCCGCCUCACCGCACCUGAGACACUCCCCCACUGUGCCUGGUCUCUCGGCAAGUGGGGCGUUCCUGUCAACCUCGCCGGCGUCCUGUACGCGAUGCACGCCUUCUUCUGGUGUUUCUGGCCCGACAGCACACCCACGACUAUUGAAGGCUUUAACUGGGCCUCCGUCAUGUUCGUCGGCGUCGCUGUGCUUAGCAUGAUCGACUACGUUGUACGUGCUCGCAAGUACUAUAAGGGGCCUGUUGUGCUUAUUGAGGGAUGGAAGGGGCAGUGAUGGAAGGUCUCAGUUGAUGGCGCUGAAGAAGAGCAGAUUGAGCUGGAUAAUAGAACGUUUGUGGAUGAUGAUAACUGAUUCAGGAGGUAUCUUUUAAGACUUGUAAUAGAUUGUGCGAUGUGGCUAUAUGCCCGAAUAAGUACCCAUGGCUUUUGAGCCUACUGCUGGAAACUCCUCUGCCCUACGUUGACCAAGUGAGAAGUCUAUAAAAUGAAAUGGAGUUCUGGGAGAAGGUGUUAUGAGGCUGGGUCUUUAACUUCUGAGGCUGAGCAGUUCAGGAUGUUCCCUUCAGGGACAUCAGGG